GCAGCAGGUUACUGUGUCCCCCCGGCGUGUGCGCUGUAGAUAAGUGACAAUGGCGAGCUGGUGUGCAAGAGCAGCAAGACAGUGCUAUUCUGUUAUAGCAUCGCCUGGCCUCAUAAGGGCUUCCCCAAGACUGCUUUGCACUGCUGCCCAGCAGAAGAGCAAUGGGCAGAGCACAGAGGAGGAGCAGGGCGGGGGGCAGCACGCUCAGCAGACCCCAGCCGAGAAGGCGCUGGCAGAGGAGAAGAGUCAGCUUGAAGAGCAGCUGAAAGAGAUCACCGACAAGUACAAGAGGGCCCUUGCAGACACCGAAAACCUAAGGCAGAGGAGCCAGAAAAUGGUGGAAGAAGCUAAAUUAUAUGGUAUUCAAGGAUUCUGCAAAGACCUACUAGAAGUUGCUGACAUUCUGGAAAAGGCGACAGUGAGUGUCCCCAAAGAGGAGGUGACUCCAGAGAAUCCUCACCUGAAGAGUCUGUAUGAAGGGCUGGUCAUGACAGAGGUCCAGAUUCAGAAAGUGUUUGCCAAGCAUGGUUUGGUCAAGCUUAACCCUGCGGGGCAGAAGUUUGACCCCUAUGAACAUGAAGCUCUCUUCCAUGCCUUUGUGGAGGGGAAGGAACCGGGCACAGUAACCAUGGUUACGAAAGUGGGAUACAAGCUGCAUGGGCGCACUCUGAGGCCUGCGUUGGUGGGUGUUGCAAAAGCACCAUAACAGAAUUUGUAAAAAGAAUGUAUUUGGUGGGUAACGGAUUGGGGUUUUUGUUCAAAUUCAAAGUAUCUUUGGACUUGAUUUUUGAACAGCAUGUAAUUGAAAAAACUUGUAACCUAAAAUGAAACUCUUAAUCUGUUUGAUUCCCCCCACUGUGUUACAAGUUAUGCAUUUCUGCUCGACAAUAUAUUUUUCUAAAUGCAGAUGAACCUUGUUUUCAUAUUUUGAAUAGCCUAUCAUAAUUGUCUCCUCGCGUUUUAGCAGCCCAAAGGAAGCUAAACCCGUUAACCACAAAAAAAACUACAAGAAAUCAGGUUAAUGUCUCAUAGUUUGAAUUUCUUUUGUAAACAUGUACAAUGUAUGUAAGCGCUCUUUGCAGCAUUUUCAGGUUUAUUCCACGUUAUAACACUUUCUUAAUAAAAAAAAUAGCUUACAAAACCUUGGCUUUGAGAAGAAACUGAGGGAGUUAAAGUUUGAAGUGUUUUCAUUUUUUUUUAAACAAAGGAGUUUUUGUUAGGAAGAAGAGAAAGUUAAGCAGAAAAGUGAGGAUAGAGGGUAAACAAAAUCAGAGGUGGGGAGGGAGGGAGGGAAACAUUAGGAAUGGCAACCUUAAGGGUUGUAGGUGUCUGCGGUAAAAUGUCCAUUGAACUUCAUCAGACAGUGUUAUGAAGAGAGAUGCAAAAAUUGCAUUAGCAUUUGUAAAGGCCACAGCUGCAGGUGUGUGCCUUUGAACCAACAUUCGGGGGGAACUAAAGGUGUCACAGAAGGCCAAGGAAUUGCGAGGUUUCUGAAAUGAUGUCCCAGCCUGCUAGAUGCAAAAAAAAAAUAGCAUGGCGAUGAAGAAAACUGCCUCAGUAUGAAUUAAAAAACACUUAGUUCAGGCACAGAGAUAUGUAUUUCAGGAGCUGUCUAUUACCUUUGGAAGGGUGUUUCCAUUCCUUUUCCUCAGGUUGUUGAAGCCUUUUUGAUCUGUGCUAACUCUUAUCCAUUGUUUUCACCUGUUAAUGUGUUUGAAGUUAAUUGUAACACCGCAGGGUAUGGCAACUAUACUUAGGUGCAUAUAAUAUUGCUAAGUUAACUCUUUUAUCACCUGCUUUGUCUUUUGGGCCUCAUUACUGAAAAAAACUAGGUAAUCAGAACUUCAUAUGAGAAAACAUGUUGACAGUACACACCAUGUACUUACCUAAUAAUGUUCUCUCUAGUGAGAUUAUAUGAUGAUAAUACAUACAAUUCCAUUUUCAAAUCUAAAUAUUUUAAUAUUCAUAUUUUUAUUUUCUACAACACUGCCCACUGGCACUUCACAUAUUUCAUGAAACCUUGAAUUUCCGUCCACCAAUUAGGAUUUCGCUGGACAGGAACCUUAGUGAUUGGAAGAUAAAUUACAUCUUAUUAAAAGCAAACACUAGUCUUGUUGCAAACAUUCCAAUGUAUUAUUUCAUUCCAUAUCUUGGUAGGGUUCUGCACCUGAAUGGUUCCAAUAGGAUCUUUGAAAUUUUGAAAUUAUUCUUGCACUCAUUCCUGUGACAAGUGCAGCUGGAUGCCAUCGUACAUGUCUGUGAAUCUUUUCACUAUACAGUAUUAGUAAAUUCUUUAACCAUACUAAUAAUAUUACAGAAUAAUCUAGGGAAAAGAGCUGCUGUGUUUUUGUUUCCUGUCAAUGUUUUAUGUUUUUUAUUCAGUUAUACAUUCAUGGUAAUUUGAGUUUUAUGCUACUGGAACAUAAAUGUUUAGUUCUAUAAAUAUUUGUACAAUAUUUAGUUUUACUCUUAUCAUGCAUUUGAAGGUAAUCUGUGUACAAUGUUCCCAUUCAAAUUCUGUUCUGUCUUUACUGUAUAGUCUAAUUUUCGGCAACAAUUCCCAACAUAAAUUAAAAACCCACUAAAAUAUU